UCAGUAGGUGGAGGCUGUUUGUGAAAUGUGUAUUUCAUAUUCAAACAGAUUCGCAUAGGGGUAAAAUGUUAUCUUAUUGUUUCAAAGUUUGUUGAGUUACUGUUUGUCGGAUUAAAGGGGCAAACACAAAAUAAAAUUGGAAAGUAUGAAACAGACGUUGCUUGUUAAUUCGGAAUUUUUUAGUUAACUAGACCCAGCUAGAGAUGAAUGAUAGUUUCAUGUGAACAAAAACAAAGUUACAACUUACAAUAUAUAUAUCAAUCACAUUUUAGUGGUAAAACAAUGUAAAGAAACGAAUUCGGGAACUAGAUUAAAGUUUCAUAAAAAUCGCUGAAGUGCUUAUAUUUAAAUUUCAUAGCAGGAAUUCAAAUAGCUUUUUAUGAUAAAUGUAGCAGAAACCAGCAAGCCAGAAUUUGAGAUAACAUCUCGAGAACUUCUUUAACUUUAAACCUGUAGAAAUAUUUUUGUAAAAUAAUUAAAUUAAUCACUAGGUGGCGCUGCUUUGACGUAAAAUUACAGGAAAGAAGAGGGCUUAUCACAGACAUGCAAAUCUUUCCUCACUUAAAACGCUGAGCGCGAUACGUUUAACAGCCGAAAAUGUGAUAACAAGCAAAAUGAAAAAGUAUAUAUUAAACAUGAAUCUAGAAUAGGCAUGACUGUAAAUUUGUGACAAUGUAUUCAACAAUACCCAAAAAUUGGAGGAAUGAUUUUGGAUUAAACGUGACAGUUCAGGAAUUGAACGAUGUGCUCGUGCACCUUCAUAUACCAGCUAUUAUUUUCAUAGCUAUUUUGAUGGUAGUAGGAGUAUUCGGAAAUAUUCUAGUUCUUUAUAUAUACACAACAAAAUAUCAACCGUCAACUUACAGAAGUUUUAUUCUGUGGUUAGGAUGGAUAGACCUUAUAGCUUGCAGUGUCGGCAUGCCAUUGUUAAUUGUUAGUAUGCUUUAUCCAUAUAUGUUUCCCUCGGAAGAAGCGUGCAAGACUUUACGAUUUCUGCACGUAUUUUUCGUGGUCAGUUCAGCUUUUAUUGUGAUUGCUAUAGCAAUAGAAAGACAUCGACGAAUAUGCAACCCGUUCUCAAGGGAAAUGACGCCAAAUAAGAUAACGUUGAUGUGUUUAGUAGCCACCAUAUUAGGAAGCUUAGUGGCGAUCCCGGCGAUAUUUGUAUAUGGUGAUGCUGCAGUUGAGACUGGUGUAAGGAAUAUCACUGGAAUUGAGUGCUUUAUUGAUCCCGAUUUCAAACGAUCUACUUUGCCGAAAGGAUAUUUUAUGUUUCAACUUCUGUUAAGUGUUGUAUCGAUGAUUAUAAUGGGAAUAUUUUACUUCCGGAUCGGGACAAAGAUCUGGUUACACCAUCAGUUUAUCAGAGAUAACACCUACAACCGACAGAACUCGUCAGACGAAAGUAAAGAAAAAGCAAAACAGACGAUUUGUGAGGCUAAUAGAAAAUACAAUAUCUCAAACAAGCAGGACAAUAUGUCAUCUGAAGUAUGCAAAACCAUUUCCACGCAGUCAACAUUUACAAGCAGUUCAGACGGCGGCAUGGAAGAAGAAAAAGUUUUAGACAAACCUGGAACGCGUAAAGUUGUUACUAUUAAAGAAAAAUCUCGCUCUAAUUCACCUGAUCCACGCCGACAAUCGGGAGAAUCGAAACCACAACUUGAACAAAUGAAGAGGAAGUCAAGUCAGAUUGAAUGCACAAAAAGUGAUGGACCAAACUCAAGAACAAAACAAGUUACAUUAAUGCUGUUCAUUAUAACUGUUGUGUUUAUUUUAUCUUUCAUACCACAUUUAGUGCUUAUGGUCAUUAACGCGAUGAAUUCAAAGUUCGUAAAAGACAUGUCUCCAGUGGGAAUCGCCUUCUAUAAUAUAUUCUUACGUUCUUUUGUGAUAAACAAUAUGGCAAACCCUAUCAUUUAUGGAUUUUGUGAUAAGAAGUUCCGCACUGAGUGUUCAAACCUAGGAUGGGAGAUAAUAACAUUUUGUAGAUGCUAAAAUAUUACCCUUUACGUUGCUGACUGAUAAUGUAUAUUCGAAAACGAUGUCAAGUAGUUUUUGUUGUAUUAUAUAAAUAAGGAUAAGGCGUUUGAUAACAUAUAUUAAUAUAAAUUUGAAAGCAUUUACUGUGAUUUCUUGCUUGGCAUAACAGUAACUAUACGCCCCCUUCGCAGCUCACUGAAUAAACUGGGCUACUUCAGACACUGGGCGAUAGCGAAACAUUCGACCAGUGCGCAGGAGAGUAUCGAGUAACAGUUACAUUGUCAAACACAGAGUUGCCUUUUUUACAGUUAACACUGUAUCAAUUAUAUAAAUUUUUGGCAGUGAAAUGUGCCUUUAAAAUGUGAACACAUAUACGUUUGUGUAUAUAAGAAUGAGUUCUGAAAUAACUUUAUUUAGUUAUUAUAGUAUUUAUAACGCUGCUGUGAUAUAGAUGAGAUUUUUAAGACUAGAUUUGUGUGAUUUUUGUUUUAUCUUCUAUAUGACCGGUGUCACCUAUUUUAGUAUUUUAUGUUCUUAAUGAAUGUCUAAAACGUUACUUAAUAAAUGGCAAUAAACAUU